GCAUCCUACAAUCGGGUGACAUAUCUCAGCAUCCUCCUCUUCUUGUCCAGGAGAGAAGCCAGUGCGAGUGAGUGCGUCUUUUUCUAUCCGCUAUGGUCAGAAUGACGAAUAUUCGGUGUCUUUUCGUCCCGUUGAUGAUGCUGGUGGGGUCCACCUUUCGGGCGGAUGCGAAGAGUGUAAAAGAGCCUGAAAAAACGGGGAAUUUCAUGGAAGAUGAGCAGUGGCUGUCCACCAUUUCACAGUACAGCCGCAAGAUCAAGCACUGGAAUCACUUCAGAGAUGAUGAUUAUGUCCGUACCUGGGAUGAGAAUCAAGGCUCAAAUGAAAAUGUAGACACCACCAAGGACCCAUGCCAGAAGGUUAAAUGCAGCCGGCACAAGGUGUGCAUCGCCCAGGGCUACCAGAGAGCUGUGUGUGUCAACCGCAAGAAGCUGGAGCACAGGCUGAAGCAGCCAUCUCUGAGGUCUCCUGAUGGUACCUGCCAGCCGUGUCCCAUCUCCUCAUCUGGUCCUGUGUGUGGAUCAGAUGGCCACAACUAUGCCUCACAGUGCAAACUGGAGCAGCAGGCAUGUCUGACAGGGAAGGAGCUGACCAUGACAUGCUCAGGCCUGUGUCCCUGUCCAACCACCUCUUCUGCCAUGGUUACAGAGAGCAAGCAUGUUGAGAGCUGUACUGGACAGGACCUGGCUGAUCUGGGGGACCGGCUGAGGGACUGGUUCCAGCUGCUACAGGGCAACGCCAAGCAAAACAACAACACCAAGACUGGGGCCAGCACCACAGCCGCGGCAGCCAGCACAUCAGUCCUGGACCGGAGUCUGGUGGCUAGCUGUAAGGACUCCAUAGGUUGGAUGUUCUCCAAGCUGGACACCAACAGUGACCUGUACUUGGACCAGGCCGAGCUGUCAGCCAUCAACCUGGACAAGUACGAGGUGUGCAUCCGGCCCUUCUUUAACUCCUGCGACUCCUACAAGGACGGGAAGGUCUCCACCGCAGAGUGGUGCCUCUGCUUUUGGAGAGAGAAGCCCCCCUGUCUGUCUGAGCUUGAGAGGAUCCAAGUACAAGAGGGAGGCAAGAGAAAGUUUGGUCUGUUCAUUCCCAGCUGUGAUGAGGAUGGAUUCUACAGGAAGUUACAGUGCGACAGAGGAGAGUGCUGGUGUGUCGACCAGAAUGGCGGUGAGCUAGCGAGCUCUAGAAUCCGUGGAAAGCCUGACUGUGAUGAAGAAGUGGCCUAUUCAGGUGAUUUUGGCAGUGGCGUUGGAUGGGAGGAUGAGGAAGAGAAGGAGACAGAGGAGAACACGGAGGAGGCCGAUGAGGAUGAGGUGGGGGAGGUGGACGACGGAGGAUAUAUUUGGUGAAGCGCCGACGGUCCCUGCUGCAGCAUAACUACAGGAUGAUCUCUCUCCAUCUCUAUCUCAGACACAUGCACUCACACACACAUGUACGCACACACACACACACACACACACACACACACACACACACACACACACAGGGAUCCAGGAAACCUGACUGAAGAUAUGGACAUUAAACCGCACCCAGAACAAUGCUGACUAACCAAUGGCUUGAAAGAGGAAAAAGAUGGUGGAGGAUGCAGGAGAAACGGAUAGGGGAGGGGGGAGAUGAUCCGGUGCCCAUGUUGGGGUUGUAUCAAUAGCUAGAACGUGGGAUAUCCAGAGGACAUUAGUCCUUACUUGUAAAUCUUUGUUCUUUUUUUUCUGUUGUAUGUGCAGGAACUUUCUCCUUGAGCAGCUUUAAGACUGGAGACUGGAAGCCAGUCCCCAGGUGCUUGUAAUGUGCUUGCGUUAGGAACCAGAGAUGCUUAGGUCUCGUGUCCACAGUCCAUCGAGGCUCCCUUUUUCUUUGUUUUUCUCCUUUGUCUGUCCUGAUGAGAAAGAGAUGGGGCCUGGCGUCCACCAUGUUAGUUUCACCAGUCUGAUGAUGGAGAGAAGGCAAAGCAAGGAAAGCCAUUCUUGCACUUAUUGUUUCAUUUCAAAUGCUUUAGCUCGUGAGACAAUAGUGCUCUGUUAAAUUCAAGUGUACUAAGUAGUGUUUCUCACACCUCACUCUUAAACGUGUAUAUACUGUGUGUAUCAGGUCGCCACAUAUUAGUCCUCUAACACCAAUGCUUUGAACAACUAGACAUGAGCUUGGCUUGUAUUGUAACCACAUUCUACCAUCUGUGGAUCAAAAAUGUGUUUAAUAAUAAAAUAAACGGAUCUAUGUGGCCUCACCAGGCCACCAAACA